UAGAGUCCACAUGUGUAUAUAAUACAAACCACUUGUUCGAUACCCGGCCAGAACAUACACUAUAUUUAUGUAUGAUUAGUUAGUUAUAAUUUAGUUCAUGUGGCCUGGGAAAACAAAUUAAAGCAGCUUCAAUUCAGUUGCUACCUUAGUCCCCAACUACCUGUUUUUCGCUAGUUUUUUUCAGUAUCGUUAGAUUAUAUUUUGAUCUAAUAGUUAAGUCAUAGAGGCAGGCUGGGAAUAAUGGAGAAUGAAGACGGAAAGGGUAACAACGUUAACGGGCUUGUCUCCGUUGAAAACCCGAAAUCACAGAGCCGCCUUGGGCGGUUGUUUCAACGGCAAUGCUACCCGCCGCACUUUCUCAACAAGGUGGUUGCGGAGGUCAUAGCGACGUAUUUGUUGGUGUUUGUGACGGCGGGAUCGGCGGCCAUUAGCGCCAGCGACGCGCACAGAGUGUCGCAGCUAGGAGCGUCCGUGGCCGGUGGCCUCAUCGUGACGGUGAUGAUAUAUGCCGUCGGACACAUCUCCGGCGCGCACAUGAACCCCGCCGUCACCUUUGCCUUCGCCGCCUUCCGACAUUUUCCAUGGCGACAGGUACCAUUCUAUGCGGCGGCACAGGUGACCGGAGCAACAUCGGCGGCGUUCACUCUCCGUGUAAUCUUAAACCCCAUUAGACGUAUCGGCACGACAACGCCGUCGGGGAACAACUAUGUUCAAGCCCUAAUCACGGAAAUCGUUGUCACGUUUUCUAUGAUGUUUGUCACCUCCGCUGUCGCCACAGACACCAAAGCUAUCGGGGAGCUGGCUGGCAUUGCAGUGGGUUCGGCCGUGUGCAUUACUUCAAUCUUUGCUGGGCCGAUAUCGGGGGGAUCGAUGAACCCAGCAAGGACCAUAGGGCCUGCAAUAGCAAGCAACGAUUAUAAGGGCAUAUGGAUCUACAUUGUCGGACCUGUUUGCGGGACGCUGCUGGGGGCAUGGUGCUAUAGCUUUAUCCGCCUCACAGACAAGCCCACCCACGCCGUCCAACCGCAACAUUUGCCGUCUUUCCAGUUGCGGAGAAUGAAGAACGACAACGUUGAACACACGGCGGCUGAUGUUCGGGAUCCCCUCAAUGCUCUGUGAUCUAUGGUUUCUUGGUUAUCUAUAUAUGUAACCCAGGCCAGAAACCAAAGCUUCUUGGAUGUAAAUCUGAUGACCAUCCAUUAUGUGUUUAAUUUGUACCUAAUAAAUAUGAAAUGUUCUGGUUGUACUAUACAGUUAUUAUGUUUAUAUAAACGACUAUGGGUGGAUUAUUUUUAUUC